AUGGGCAAGAAACUUGACAGGGUUAUAGCGGGGACCCCUAAGAUGAUUUAUAAUGGGGUUUCAUCCUGCCUCUCGCUCCAACCUCCCCUCUCCGAGGGGGACGGUGAUCAGUAUGAUGACGAAUAUUAUGAUGAGUAUGAUGAUAAUAAUGAUGGUGGUGAGUGUGAUGAUGAUGAUGAUGAGUAUGAUGAUAAUAUUGAUGCUGAUGAGAAUGAUAAUGAUUAUGAUGAUGAGUAUGAUGAUGCUGAUGAGUAUGUUGAUGAGUAUAAUAAUGAUGAUGAGUAUGAUGAUGUAGAUGAUCAGUAUAAUGAUGAAUAUGAUGAGGAGUAUGAUGAUCAUAAUAAUGAUGGUAGUGAGUAUGAUAAUGAUCAUGAGUAUGAUUAUGAUGAGUAUGAUGAUAAUGUUGAUGACGAGAGAUUAAAAUAA